GUUAAAAGAGCCCCCACUCUCUUCGUUCUCUCUUGCGCGUCUUUGCGCUGUGUUCCUAGUCCUGGGAACGUCGGCAGGGAGACAGCACCUUGCUCUCGCUAUGUAUCCUGUUCUUCUGGCUGUCCAGCUGCGUAGCGCGGGAUGCAGCUAGACCUGGCAGGACUGCGACACUGAGGAAGACUCCAGAGGAGAAUUGAAGUCAGGCCAGGAAGCUGGAGCUCCAUUCCGGAGCCUGUACAUUGAAGGGAGCAGGUGGAAAGCUAUGUGAAGUGGGUAAAGUCCUCUCCAAGCAGCAGAUAUCUCUGGAAACAGAGCCACCUGGGCAGAAGAGAUUGUUGGUCUUAUUCUUGUCAUUUUUAUUUUCUGCCAAUCAGCAGACCUGGGAGAAGGGUACUAGCAUAGCAGGACAUUGAGGUGCUUCUAGAUUGCUUCUGGAUCUCUAAGUCCCCCCAGCUCUCUGUCAGUACCCACACAGGUUCUAGAGAUGUGGGUCUUGGAGCUUUUGAUGGGGGUGUCAUGGCUGGCAGGGCUGGCCAGUGGUCAGAACGAGACCGAGCCCAUCCUGCUGGAGGGCAAGUGCCUGGUGGUUUGUGACUCCAACCCUACGUCUGACCCCACGGGUACCGCGCUGGGAAUCUCCGUGCGCUCCGGCAGUGCCAAGGCGGCUUUCUCAGCCAUCAGGAACACCAACCACGAACCUUCUGAGAUGAGCAAUAGAACUAUGAUCAUCUACUUUGAUCAUGUAAGUUACCAGUGGACCAUGGGAGCUGCUGCAGUGAGACCUGGGGGGAGUUAAAAAGGCAAAACAACUGCUAUUCUGAAACAUAAGGAUCAAUCACUAUGGAAACCGAUACAGUGUAUCUCAACAUUUAGUGAUUUGCCCCAUAAUAGCACAAGUUGUUCCUUGGCUCCCACUGAAGAGUGUAAGGUGUGAAUGCUGGUUUGAGAGGUGAAUGUGUGUAGAUAUGUGGGCAGUGAGUGUAGGAAUGACUGGCAAAGCAUCAUAUUAGAGUUGGCGAAGCCGAAGCAAAAAUUGUUCUAGAAAUAAGUUGUGUAGACAUAAAUCCAUGGUUGUGUUACCACAUGGUACAAUUUAGACACUCUCAUCUUUUCUGAUUUGUCCAUAAUAGAAUAAUACUGGUCAAGGAUUGGUCAUUGUUAUUACAUGCUAGUUUGUCUUUUGAACUUCAAAAUCAGUUUUUGUUUUAGAUAUGCACCACUGAUCAAGGCAAUAUAGAAUUACUGUAGAUUCUCCAGAAAAGAUGUGAGAAUUCAAACUCAUCUCAGCCAUUCAUUGUGAAGAGUAAAAAAUAUUGACAAUGAUUUUUGAUGAUUUUGUCAUCCUGCCAAGGACAAACAGUUAUAAAUCAGGCACCACUUAAUGUUUUGUGAUAACCUUUUUUUUAAAUGGCUUCAUAUGUUUGGAUACACUUUUAAAUUUUGUUUAAAAAUAACAAAACAUUAAUAAACGUGUAUGUAUGUGUGUGUGUGUAUAUAUAUAUAUAUAUAUAUAUAUAUAUAUAUAUAUAUAUAUAUAUAUAUAUAUAUAUAUAUAUAUAUAUAUACUCUAAAUACUAAAUUAUUUUUUUUAAAUAUUAAAUUAUUUUAAAAGUUAAUCCAAAAAUAUCAACUCAUUUGAAAAACUCAUCCAAAAAUAUUUAAUUGAGGCCUAAAUCCUCCUCUGUAAUUUUGCAUUCUCAAUAUAAUGUGCAAACAUAAGCAGAAUAAAUUAUUCUAAUUUUCAUGGAAAUCGUUUUUAUAUGAGGUGGUAAAAAAUGUUGAUAUUUGAAUUAUGUUUUGGGGCAAACACGAACAUAUAUGAAUAUUUCGCAGUUGGUUUGGGACCAGAAAUGUGUGUGUGUGUGUGUGUGUGUGUGUCUAUCAAUAUGGACGUGAUAUAGAGGGCAAUUGUGGGACAGUGGUAAAAUCAGUCAUCAGGGAUAUGUUAUUGGUUUCAAUGAUAACUGCUCAAAUUUAGCACUUUAUAACACAAUUGCUGGUUACGCACAUGACCCAUGAUAUCACUUAAUUUUUUUUUGCCAAUCACUGAUUGCCCACAAAUGAAAUUCAAAUGUCUAUGCUCUUCUACAGUGGAAUGUGUGUUCGUGAAUGCCACAGACAAGAUUAAGGGUUUGUUUUCAUUUAAUUGAGGCACUAAAAACAAGAAUUUAGAGAUACAGAUGGUUUAUUAGUGUAUGCAUUUAUUACUAUAUAUUUGUGAAUUAUUAUUAAGUACUCUCAAAAACCACAUACCUGCCAAAUUUAUAAUUCAACCAAGACUUCACAAAUAUAUUUGUUUUGUAUCACAAACAGCACUGAUACUGAAGCACUAAAAAGAAUUUAGAGAUACAGGUGGUUUAUUAGUGUAUGCAUUUAUUCCUAUAUCUUUGUAAAUUUUAUUGGCAAUCUUGAUCAUUUUGGCCAAUAGGCUAUACAUAUAAUCAACUGGGUGACUAACAGUAUGUACAAUUUGGAAACAUGCUGUUUUUGUAUUGUGAAUAAUAUUGUAAAGUGCUACGGAAUCUGUUGGCGCUAUAAAAUGGCAAUAAUAAUAAUAAUAAUAUGGACUGAAAAAGAUUGUGAAAAAAUCUUUUUGCAUCUUUUAAAAUCAUCCUUGUUUCUUAAGGGGAUAUCUAAAGAUUCAAUAUAUUAUAGUGAUCAUUGAUCAUUCUAUUAUUAUUAUAACAUUGAACUGUUGCUGACAAAGUUAAUGGUGAUAAAAUAUAUGCAUAGCAAUUCUAUCUCUGGAAUUUUAGAUGUAGUAAACUAUAUAAAUCAAAAACUGCCAUGCAAAACCACAUUUAUUAAGUGAUUUCCCUAUGCCAUGGUUGAUCCUAGAUAACCCACACAAUACUCUGCCUAGUUCUCUCCAAGAAUUAAUAUUCAUGCUUCUGUGUUGAAAAAUAAAUGGACAGGAUAAUGAAGUAUUCAGAAUCAUUAGGUGAACUCUUAUUGCAAAGUAGAGCAUAACAUUUUAUUUAUUUAUUUAUUUUUAUUUUUGUUAAAACACACUAACCCUUGAGAUAACUUAAAAAAAAAACACACAAGCAGAUCAUAAAAUUAAUAUAUCAUAAAAUACUAUUUUUAUGGUAAAUAAAGCGAAACUAAUCACGUUGUUAGUAGUUUACAAGUUCAAAAAGAAAGACCUGUUUUAUCUACAGGAAUACAAAAAAAUAUAUUAAGCUAUUAAUUGUAGAACUCUUUAACUGUACUUGAAUGUAUUUAAAUAUAUUUCCAGAUAGCGUUUGAGAUUUACAAAAUGUUAUGUCAGUUCAAUGAAAUACAGGUUUGUGUGAAACUCUUUCAGUUAGUUUUUGUGUAAUUUGAGUAAUUUUGUUGAAAAACUUUAAAAAUGAAUCCUCUAUCGCACCCAAACGUUUAACAAAUCAGUUUGUACUUCAUGCUAAACUGCAAUUCUGCUUCAUAAUGAAUAAAAGAAUUUUGUUUUUUCUUUUUUUAAUUUAGAUCUUGGUCAAUGUUGGAGGCAAUUUCGACUUAGAACGGAGCACAUUUAGUGCACCAAGAAAAGGGAUUUACAGUUUUAAUUUCCAUGUGGUGAAAGUGUAUAACCGGCAAACCAUUCAGGUUAGAUUGUGAAAGAUUUCCCUAUCCUUAUAUAUUUUACAUUAUGUUGUUUUCCUAUUUACACUAUAUGAGCCAACUAAAAUAUUUAGAUUUGUUUCAAAUGCAACAUACACAACAAACGUUCAAUCACAAAUGUUCAAACCUUUCUUCACAUUGAAGAGCUUACAUGUUAUGAAAUAUGCAUAGUGCUAUAGAAUGAACAGAGCCAUCCAUGUUCAUUCCAGUGUUCAAAUAUCAAAUUAUAAUUUAUAUAGCAAUCAGUUUAAUCCAUUUGGGGAUUGGACCGCCCCUGACUCCUAAAGGGUUAUUAACAAUUAUUGGGUCUGUUCACUAAACAACAAGUUAUGGUUACAUGAGGAUUUGCUCUGUAAAACCUCGGUCAGAAUAGGUCAAAUCUUAUCAUUUUUAAAUAAUUCAUUUGUAUAAAAUUUUUCUAAUGUCACCACAAACUGCUUUUUAGUAAAUAGGCCUCAUCAUAUCACUAACACUAUAUUCAGCAACCUGGUGUGAAAAUCAUGAAUCAUGAGCGAAAUAUUUUAUUGCUUUGUUGGAUCAUCAUCUUCACAUCAUCUACGUUGUGUUUGCAUCACAUUGACAGUUACGUUGUAUACUGUGACUUUUGUAAAAAAGCAAGUGCAUUUUUUUCCCUCCAAUUUAAUGUCUUAUUACUUCUACUAUCCUUCAUACAUAACCGUGCAAUUUAUGUAUCACACAUCUUUGUAUAUUUGUUUUAAAAUAAUAAAGUUAAAACAUGUUGGUGUGCUUUUUGAAAAAAAAAAAACCUGUUGUUUACAAUGCUACUUACCAAACAACCAAUUAACAUUCUUGCAUGUAUUUUUUUAUUAUUAUAUAUCAUUUGCUGAUAAUACUUGUUUUUAAAGUAUACUUUAAAGCUUGAUUGAUUGGUUGACAAAUUUUACUAUUUUAAAUAUUCUCUUGACAUAAACGUAUACAUAAAAUAACCUUUAUUUUAGGUUUAUAUUUACCAAAGCUGAUUGAUUGUUUCACUAAACAAUGAAUUAAAUGUAAUCACAAUUCUCUGUAACCUAUUGUUAAGUUGACGUACACAGCUCCAGCCAGUUGACAAAUUGUCAGUAAAGUUACAUUUACAUAGAAAAAUGUAACAGAUGAGGAGCCAUAUUGUUUCAUAUGUUUUGUGCUACGUAGAAAAUUCAGGGUCGUUUGCAAGAGGGUGCCAUUUUGUUUUUUAUGACUCAUACCACAAGACAUGGCCUGAAUUAUGUAGCUGUAUUGGUAGUGUGAAAAGUAGUGGGGGCGUAAUGACUCAAGUAGCAUUGUUAGACUCCGCAGAUGACCCACUCCCACAUAACCUUUACCUACCACGAUUCCAAAACACUUGCAGAUCUUGAGUUUGGGUUAACCAAUUACUUGUUGUGAUUUUUUUUUCCAGCAAAAUUGUUAAUUAAGCAAACAAAAAAAACACAACAACAUUAUAACAUUUUAUAUAUAUAUAUAUAUAUAUAUAUAUAUAUAUAUAUAUAUAUAUAUAUAUAUAUAUAUAUAUAUAUAUAUAUAUAUAUAUAUAUAUAUUAUCAACAUUUUACCUGCUUGCAAACUGCCCAAAUGAUGGUGCUCACAUGAACCAUUUCACAAUAUAUGAUCUAAUAUUGGUCUCUACUAUCUCUUCUUAAUUUUCUUUAUUUCAAAGCUUAUUGUAUAUUCAUCAGAAGUACAGCUAUAAUAGCAUUAUUUCCUAAAGUAAGUAUUCAAAAUGAAGCCCACAGUUAAGGCUAUAGUAGCAAAACUGAAAGCACACCUAUUUUUUUUCAUUUUCAGAUAAUUUGACCUUAAAUCUGAAAUUCACUUUGAAUUUAUACAUUAGUGAAAAACCCUGUGUGACAUAAUGUGCCGACUUAAAACAUACAAACAAUAAAAGUCGUCUGAGAAUUGUGUACAUGAAAAAAGGAUAUUUUGCAAUAUGUAUCAUCAAGGCCAAACUUGCAGAACUGUAAAAAAAUAAAAUAAAAAAAAUGUCCAGGUGUGCUGAAUUAGCGAUUUUCUUUUAAGUGCAGUUAUGCUAGCCUGACAUUUUAAUGUCAGUUUUUAGCUUGUGAAAUCUCCCCAUUUAUUGAAUAGUCCCAGGACACCUAACUGCUUGAAUACCAAAAUAACAUACACCUUUUUGCAACAUGCUGAACUGAGGAUAUUUUGGCAAUGAAGGAGUUCUAAAUAUAGAAAGUAAGAUUAUUUUGCAACCCUCUUGUGAAGAGGCUUGAAAACCAUGGUCCCUUAUAUUUUUUCAUACCGAACUUUGAAUUUAGUUUCUAGAAAACAAAAAUGUGCUUUAACUGCUCUGUAUAAUUAUCGUAAGAAUAAGUAAUUACUUCCCUUACAAUGUGUGAGUAACUUGUGCCUUUUUUUUAAAUUAGAUAGGUUCUUAGCAAAAUUCCAGUACGAUGCUUGCAUGUCAACACAAAUGGAUAGUUGAUUGGUUCUAAUAAUACAUACAAGGAAUAAAAAGCCUUCGCUAACAUCCCUAUGAUCAGUGGUUUUACAAAGUUGUGAUGCUGGGAUUUCUAAUUUUUGUUUUCCACUGAAACGUGAUUUGUGAAAUAUUAAAAAAAAAAGCAGCACUGUAAAAAUAAACAGAAAAAAACCCCAGUUGUAGAUUUUUAAUAAUCGGGCUGUUUGGCCUGAAGUUUGCAAUCCUCUUCCAAUUCUUGCCUAAUUAUUAAUUAAAAUAAGUACACAGAGAUAACAUCUUCACAAAUGGUGUUAUCUAUAUAUAAUGUUUGUUAUCUAAGGCUGUCUGUUAGCAGGCAUAGAUAAAAGCAAGUAAACUAGAAAUGAUUGUGCAUUAUUAGCAUUUAUAUACAACUAACAUAUUCAAAGCACUUUAUAAUUAUCGAAUGAGGAUAUUUGACUACAAAUAAUUGACAUACAGAAUAUUGACAGUGACAAGAGGGGAAAAAGGAUCUGCUCAAAUGAGCUUAUAUAUGAAACAAAUGUGCAAUCCUAUCUUACUAUCUUUUUGUGAGAGUAUUGUGAAAAAUCGUUUCUAUAAGACCUUCCUGUUAGUUUUAACCACUCUCAAUUUAGACGUUGCUUUCUAUAAUGCCUUUCUUAUUAUCUUUUAUACCUAUCCUACACAGAUAAAUACAUAUAUAUACAUACACAUACCAUGCAGCUUAGUAUCUCUUAAUCUGUCUGCUGGUAUGUCCAUUUCUCCAUUUUCUGUUGUUUUCUGGAUCUGCCUUUCAUAUGUUUUUUUUUUUUUCAGGAAAAAAUUUAAUAUGCAAUGUUGAUUACGUGCAAAAUUCACAUGGCUGUUUUUCUCCAGGUGAGCUUGAUGUUGAAUGGAUGGCCAGUUAUUUCAGCAUUUGCUGGUGACCAAGAUGUCACAAGAGAAGCCGCAAGCAAUGGAGUUCUUAUUCAGAUGGAGAAAGGGGACAGAGCCUACCUUAAACUGGAGAAGGGAAACCUGAUGGGUGGAUGGAAGUUUUCAACAUUUUCUGGAUUUCUGGUGUUUCCUCUAUAAAAUAACUUUGUCCUUCGGCAGCGAGUGACAUGGAAUGGAAAUGAAUUGCUAUUAACCCCAAAUAGCUGCACUUAGAGACCUCAACAGGACACUUUGUAUUUUGAAAUAUACAAGACCCUGCAUAUCUAAUUGUGUGUGCACCUGCUUUGGAAACUAUUUGUAAAGGAAAAGGAACUGGUGAGAUCCCUUCUCAUUUCAUUAGAAACAGCCAUGUUUUGUCUAUAUAUCACGUCAGGUUUAUUUAUUUAUUUUUUUCAUUGUAACGAACAUGUCCAUUUUCUUUAAAAAAAAAUAAAUAAAAAAAUUAAAUUUUUUUAAAAAAUAAAACAUUUCCUUCACUUGGAAAACCAAUAGAAGAUGCCAUACAACUAUCACGUAUAUUGGCUGCUUAAUUUCCAGUUAACACCAGGACUAUCUAAAGGCACAGUGAUGGAAUGGUGUAUAUCAAUAUUUCUCUGUAAUUCUGAGUGGUUGUGGAAAUAAAGGCUGCUAAUUGUCUGAUGCUUGUUUUGCUCUUGUUAAAUGUGGCCCAAUUCCAUGCGAUCAAGUAUAGCAAACUUUAAAUAUUAUACUCUGUACUAUAGGUGUGAAUGCUGGAAUGUCAUUUUGCUUCAAGCCAAUAAUCUCCAAGGCUUUUAUUUUUGUUAAAUAGAACAAGAAUUUGUAAUUCAAAUUAUCCUGUUUUUCCUAGUCAUAUGCCAAAUGAACAAUCCUGUGACUAUUUUAAAGAUGAUUAUGUAAAAUAUAAUUUAUUUGUUUUCAAAAUAGAUUAUUUUGGAUUUUUUCGUAAUUAUUUUGUAUUUUUGUUAAUGUUAGAAUUUAAGUCCAAGUCUUUCUCACCACAAAUGCACAAUUUACAUUUUAUGGAAAUGUAUCUGUGAUUUGGAAUAAACAUAUAGUAAACACACGUGUUUUAUGCAUAAAACAAGAGAUCUCAGUUGUUUGAAGGACCAGGAGUAGAAUCUGUUGAAACUUCGAUAUUGCAGGUUUUCUCCCUGGCAGACUGAACUCCACUGUCCUUCUUUUUGAGGCCCAUAGAAUGGAUAGCACACAUCUAUGAAUCAACUGGCAAUUCGGUUGAAAUCGGGGAACAUAUGCUAAAGAGCUUUGAGUGUCCUGGGGAAGAAAAGUGCUAAAUAAAAUCUAAAUGAUUAUUAUAUAUAUUCAUACACUAUACACACAGAUUGAACAUGUGUGAAAUUUAACAUGCUGAUGUGUGAAGAGUUUUUUUUAUGCAGAUGUUAUAUACAGAUGCUUAUGUCACUAUUUAUAAUUCCAUACUAAUUUAAUUGGUUUGCUGAUAUUAUUUUUAAUGUUCUUUCCAAAGUGUAAAUGCUAUAAUUUUGCAGUAAUCAGAGAUCAAUACUUUUAUGAAAAUGAUCAUGGAAGCAAUUUUGAUUGUACCUUCAAUU